AGGAGGCCCGUGGGUUGUUUUUAAUAGAGGUGUGCUGUGGAGUAUCUCUGUACUCCCUCUCUCUGUUCAGAGUGAGCUGUGCUCCACUGGUUUAUUUUGAGGUGGUCUUAUCACAGCUGUUGUAGCUGGUGGCAGCCUGUCCAAGCCCCUCGACACUCUUCCUUUUCUCCCUCUGGCCCUUGGUCCUGAUUCCAUUACAGAGCCAACCAUCUCCCUUUUGGAACUACCUCAGAAAAAUGGAGGCUUGUCAGGAGAAUAAACCCUCACCCACGGGUCCUGAAGCAUCGCCAGCCGAGGAUCACCACAUUGACCUGACAGAGGACCUGGGCCAACAGCUGGAGGACAUCAUUAGCACCUACCAGGCUGCCGAGAUUCCAGCUGAGCCAGAGGACACGGAGGAGGUCACAGCCGUCAAAGAGGCAGAGACCCGCAAGGACCAGAAAAUGGAGAAGAAGAUGCUGAAAAAUCUAGGGAAGGAAGCUAUGCUGUUGAUGCAAAGUCUGAACAAACUCGAUUCUCCGGAAGAGAAACUGCAGGCCGUCAUCAAGAAGCAUGCCGAGCUGCUAGAGGAGCAUCGCAGUGAUCAGAAGCAGAUGAAAGUUCUCCAGAAGAAGCUUCUCCAAGUGAUGAAGGAGAAGGACCAGCUGCAGAGCGAGCACAGCCGUGCAGUGCUGGCUCGCAGCAAACUGGAGGGGCUCUGCAGAGAGCUGCAAAGACAUAACAAGACUUUAAAGGAGGAGACCCUGCAGAGGUGCAGAGAGGAUGACCUAAAGAGGAAAGAGAUCACCACCCAUUUCCAGGGCACGCUCAGUGAGAUUCAGGCCCAAAUUGAGGAACACAGCAGCCGCAACACCAAACUGUGUCAGGAGAACAGCGCUCUUGCAGAAAAACUGAAGGGACUCAUUUCACAAUACGACCAGCGAGAGGCGAACCUGGAAAAGGUUUUCAAGCACAGAGACCUGAAAGAAAAGCUGCUGGAAACCAAACUCACACAGGCAAACAUGCUGCUGAAGGAGGCAGAGGAGAAGCAUAAGCUGGAAAAAGACCAUCUGCUGAAACAGGCAGCAGAAUAUAAACUGCAAGUGAAGGUCAUGAAGGAGCAAGAGAUCGGUAUGAAAACCCAGCUUGAUAUGUACUCCAAGAAGUUUGAUGAAUUCCAGGGCACGGUAUCAAAGAGUAACAGUGUCUACAGCAGCUUCAAACAGGACAUGGACAAAAUGGCCAAGAAAAUGAAAAAGCUGGAGAAAGACUGCCAGUCAUGGAAGACUCGCUUUGAUGGCUGCAAUAAGAAUCUUAUUGACAUGGUGGCAGAUAAAGCAAUUAAGGAAAAAGAGUUUGAGCUUCUCACCAUCAAAAACCAGAAGCUUGAGAAUCUGUGUAGGGCUUUGCAGGAAGAAAGGAAGAGUCUAUAUGCAAAGGUGCAUGGAGCUGGCAGUCAACCGGAGGACAAGUCUGCUGAUCCGUCAGAGAAGGGGGGCUCUGAGAAGACACCUGAAGACCCAAAUGAGAAUCAGCCCAUCCAGAAUACUGCAGCACCUGCCCCUACCGGGACACCGACGCUCACAAGUCCGCUCACUGCGGAACUGGCUAAACUGAAGGCUGAACAAGCCCUUCUGAAAGAGGUCGCCAGUUCUUUCACAAUCUCUCACAUUGCCCCUACAGAAACAGGCACAAGUCAAUCACAUGAACCCACUGAGGAGCCAGAGGAGAACCACAUAGAGCAGAGCGAACACCAAGAAGUCCACGAGGAUGGAUACCAACAAACGAGAGAUUUGGAAAUGGAGUCAGUUGAUUAAUGCUGAAAUCACUGUGAAAAGAAACCAUGUUUAUGUGAGAUUCUUAGCAAUAAAAAUAAAAAUGCUACAUCUGU